AUGAACAUCGGUGUAACGCCGGUGCACAAGCAGGGAACCUUGUUGCUAGACUUUGAUAUCCAGUCCUGUUGGGACGAAGGCAACUUUUUCUUCUUCGUUUCCAGCUCUAGUUUGGUUGUUCUCACUCCCCUCACAUCCUUCGUCUACCACUUCCUGAAGUGGCAUCUCAUCUACAUGUUGCACCUCUUCCUGGCAUUUCUCUAUAACAGCAGGAAAGGGAAGAAGGCAGACUCCCAUCAGUUUGACGCCUUUGUGUCCUAUAACUCCCAAGAUGAGGAUUGGGUUUACCGCGAAAUGCUUCCUGUACUGGAGGAAGAGCAAGGAUGGAGACUCUGUCUGGAUCACAGAGACUUCCAACCAGGUAAACCCAUCAUAGAGAACAUCACUGAUGCCAUCUAUGGCAGCAGGAAAACCAUCUGUGUGAUCAGCCGCAGCUACCUGCAGAGCGAAUGGUGCUCCAGAGAGAUCCAGAUGGCCAGUUUCCGCCUGUUUGAUGAGAAGAAAGACGUGCUGAUUCUGUUGUUUUUGAAGGACAUCCCUCCUCAGCAUCUGUCUCCUUACCACCGCAUGAGAAAGCUGCUGAAGAAAUGCACCUACUUAAGCUGGUCUAAGGCUGAAAAACAUGCAGGAGUUUUCUGGCAAAACGUCCGGAAAGCUCUGCAGACAAAGAACGAUACCCCUGAAAACCCAGGAAAAUCCUAA